CAGGCAAGGACCCAUUUGGAGGAAGAGCAGGAGCUAAGGAGUAAGUCCCGAUCUCACUCUCACUUGGGACUUGGGAGGUUGAUUACAGAAGGAAAAUGCUGUCGACGCUCUCAUCUUUCCAUGGAGGCAGAGCUUACAUGUCCAAUCACCGGAAGCUCUCAAACUCGCCGCAGCUUCUCCUGAGCUCCAACAUACGGUUCUCUCGGUCAACUGCACACCAAUCAUUCUCUUCAUCAUCAUCAUCAUCAUCAUCUUCUUCUUCUUCUUCUACCCCGAGACUCCGAUUUGAACCCCAAGCACGACAUUUGAAGCUCAAGUCAAAGCACCUGCUUCGCUGCGGCAUUUCAUCAAACACCUCCGAUGCGGGCAUCCCUCAGACUCGGAGCUUCAGGGAGUGGGUUGAGCUGAUUGGCGAGGUGACAUCAACUGCUUUUCCAGUGUGGGUUGCUUUGGGGUGCCUGUUGGGCCUCGUGAACCCGAGCUCCUUCAGUUGGGUCAAGCCGAAUUGGAUUGUUCUUGGCAUUACAGUGACCAUGCUUGGUAUGGGCAUGACCCUUAGCCUUGACGAUCUGCGCGCUGCUCUGUCGAUGCCCAAGGAAUUGUUUGCUGGUUUUGUUCUCCAGUACUCGAUAAUGCCCCUAUCAGGUUUUGUUGUCAGCAAGCUCUUGAAUCUUCCAUCAUAUUAUGCAGCUGGGCUCAUAUUGGUGGCUUGUUGCCCUGGCGGAACGGCAAGUAAUAUAGUCACAUACAUUGCACGUGGAAAUGUGGCACUUUCAGUGUUGAUGACAGCGGCAAGCACGAUAUCAGCUGUGGUGAUGACCCCUUUUUUAACGGCCAAACUGGCUGGCCAAUAUGUUGCAGUUGAUGCUGCUGGCCUGCUGCUCUCAACCUUACAGGUUGUGCUUCUUCCCGUCCUAGCUGGUGCAUUUCUAAACCAGUACUUUCAAGUCCUAGUUAAAUUCGUUUCCCCCGUGAUGCCACCUAUUGCUGUCCUAACUGUUGCCGUUCUCUGUGGAAAUGCAAUUGCCCAAAGUUCCUCAGCAAUACUUAUGUCAGGGCGACAAGUUCUCCUAGCUGCCUCUCUUCUUCAUGCAUCUGGGUUCUUCUUUGGUUAUCUCUUGUCAAGAGUACUUGGGCUUGACAUUUCAUCAGCAAGAACCAUCUGUAUUGAGGUGGGCAUGCAGAAUUCAGUGCUCGGAGUAGUUCUGGCAACUCAGCACUUCGGAAAUCCUUUGACAGCUGUACCGUGUGCAGUUUCCAGUGUCUGCCAUUCAAUCUUCGGCAGCGUCUUAGCAGGAAUCUGGAGACGCUCUCGACCCGCUGCAAAGCAGGAAUGAGCUGUAUUGAUCGCCAUCAGGAAGAAGUUCUAGACGAGCUUGUAGUUUUUUCUUCUAGCUUUUCAUUCCUAGAAUGUGCCUAUUGGAUUUCGGCUAUUUCAGUGCCAGAUUUGUGUGAAUUUUCUCAUUAAUGCCCGAAAACUGAACUUGGUAGGCGGAGAGAAUCGGGUUGUACAGAUGCUGCAGAUUGAUGAAUGCUUGAUAGCUCUGUCAUUCAUGUGAGAUCUUCUUAUUCAGUUUGUUUCUCGAUUA